AUGGCGUUCAAUCGCCCUGCUCACAAACGGAAGCUGACUUCUUCGGAUGAUGAUCUUCCUCUUCAAUUUGUACCAUAUUCUGCGUAUAAGGAACUCCACAACCAAGUUGUCGCCCUCACCUCCCUUGUAAACCAGCUGCGCGGAGCAAUAAUUGAAUCGGGACAAAACAAGUUAGCUCUGGAAGUGGCCGAAUCAUGCGAACAACUUUCUGAUGUCUCCUCUUGCCGAUCCAAUCUUCCAGCACCAUUUUUCCUCCACCGAUUCUCCUGCACUCGUCGAUCCGCCUUCGAAGUUCCCGCCAGUCACAGCACCUAUUGCUCCGGUCGCCACAAUCAACUCUUUGGACAUUGCUCGCGAAGCUGCCAAGCUUCUCGAUAA